AUGGGGCAGUGUUAUGGUAAGACGAUUACCACCGGAGAUAAUGAUGUUUAUGCGACGACCACCAUUACAGCCACCGCUAGCGGCGAUCGGACAUCGGAGACUCCGGCGCGUAACGGCACUCCAUCGGCGAAGAAUACUCCGGGGAGAUCUUCAGCCGGAAACAGUUCCUGGCCGAGUCCGUACCCGUACGGUGGAGUUGGAGCGGGAGGGACCAGUCCUCUGCCGGCGGGAGUGUCGCCGUCACCUGCGAGGUCAACACCAAGGAGGUUUUUUAAGAAGCCGUUUCCUCCGCCGUCGCCGGCGAAGCACAUCAAGGCAUCUUUGGUGAGGAGGUUUGGGCACGGGAAGCCGCCAAGGGAGGGGACGAUUCCGGAGGACGCUGCGGGGGUUACGGAGGAGCCGGAGAGGCAUCAGGCUUUGGACAAGAACUUUGGGUAUAAUAAAAAUUUUGGGGCAAAGUAUGAGCUUGGCAAAGAGGUGGGCCGAGGCCAUUUUGGUCACACUUGCUAUGCCAAGGGCCGAAAGGGAGAGCUCAAGGACCUGCCCGUUGCCGUCAAAAUCAUCUCCAAAUCUAAGAUGACAACUGCAAUAUCCAUUGAAGAUGUUCGAAGAGAAGUGAAAAUUUUGAAAGCACUUUCAGGCCAUAAGCAUCUAGUUAGAUUUUAUGAUGCUUGUGAGGAUGCCAACAAUGUGUAUGUAAUAAUGGAGUUGUGUGAUGGCGGAGAACUACUGGACAGAAUAUUGUCGAAAGGCGGUCGAUAUACAGAAGAGGAAGCAAAACUUAUCGUUGUUCAGAUUCUAAGUGUAGUUUCAUUCUGUCACCUCCAAGGAGUUGUCCACCGUGACUUAAAACCUGAGAAUUUUCUUUUUACCUCUAGAAGCGAAAACGCUGAUAUGAAGCUUAUUGAUUUUGGUCUUUCUGACUUUAUCAGGCCGGAUGAUAGACUAAAUGAUAUUGUUGGAAGUGCUUAUUAUGUGGCACCAGAAGUACUCCAUAGAUCUUAUAGUUUGGAGGCUGAUAUUUGGAGCAUUGGUGUUAUCUGCUAUAUUUUGCUAUGUGGAAGCAGACCUUUUUGGGCAAGGACAGAAUCUGGAAUAUUUCGUUCAGUAUUAAGGGCUGAUCCAAACUUCGAGGACAUGCCUUGGCCUUCUGUCUCACCACAAGCCAAGGACUUUGUAAAAAGGCUUUUAAACAAGGAUUACAGAAAAAGAAUGACCGCUGCUCAAGCUUUGACACAUCCAUGGUUGCGCAGCGAGAGCCUUCCUGUUCCUUUAGAUAUAUUAGUCUACAAAUUGGUUAAGUCAUAUUUACUUGCUACACCUUUCAAACGUGCAGCGCUAAAGGCUCUAUCUAAAGCUUUGACUGAGGAUGAAUUGGUGUAUCUCAAAGCUCAAUUCAUGAUUCUGGAGCCUAAGGAUGGGCUGGUCUCUGUUGACAACUUCAAAAUGGCUCUUGCAAGAAAUGCCACCGAUGCUAUGAAGGUGUCUAGGGUUCCUGAUAUUCUACGCACGAUGGCACCAUUGUCUUAUAGGAAGAUGGACUUUGAAGAGUUCUGUGCAGCUGCAACCAGUACGUAUCAAUUGGAGGCCCUUGACAAAUGGGAGCAAAUUGCAUCUACAGCAUUUGAGUAUUUCGAACAAGAGGGUAACCGAGUAAUAUCAGUAGAGGAAUUGGCUCGGGAGUUGAAUGUGGGCCCGACUGCUCAUUCUGUGCUCAAAGAUUGGUUAAGGAGUGACAGAAAACUCAGUUUACUUGGAUAUACCAAAUUUUUGCACGGAAGCAUUACAGAUGCAGGUGGCAGCACUGCAUUGGCUGCCGCAAAACUGUUUUUUGUUCAAGGCCAUGAAUGCUCGCCACCUGUGUACCUGCUGUCUGUACAUGCAGCAAAGUUGUUUCUUUAA